GGAUCAUCAGCUUCGUCCGAUCUGCCUCUAGCAUGGAUGCUGACGUCUUUUUGGCGCUCGCGUGGAUGGAACGCCUUCGAAGAAGCAGCGAUGGCAAAACGUAAUCCAGAACCAGACAACGAGGUUACGGAGAGAGCAAGAAGCAAAGCCGAC